GCCAGCUUAUCGAGCUCAACGUGUCCAGAAAAAGACCAGCAAAAACGGGCCUCAUUAACAUCGCUGCAAGGCUGUCUUGCCAAGUUCUAGUGCCCGGUUUGCACUGGAUACCUUCUCGUUGAUGCAGCCAUGGCACGCACGCGCCAAUUGAGCUUCUUGCUCACUUUUCUUCUCUCCAGCAUCUUGCUGGUCGCCCCGACAGCUCUGGCAGCCAACGACGAAUCCAUCCUCACUAGCGAGAUUGGCAGGCUGAACAACCAAAGCUUACUAUGGGGUCCCUACCGCCCAAAUCUUUACUUUGGUGUUCGUCCCAGGAUACCGAAGAGCCUGAUGGCUGGGCUGAUGUGGGGGAAGAUUGAGACGUAUAACGAUUUUCAGCACAGUGUUCGGUAUACGUGCGAGCAGAAUGAGGGAAUGGAGGGCUAUGGCUGGGACGAGUACGAUACACGAAAGGGAGGCGUGCAAUCGAUACACGACAAGGAGAACAAGAUCGACAUCACGACAUCAUUCGUCAAGGUCCCCGGCGGCGCGCACGGGGGAAGCUGGGCUGCGAGAAUUAAAGGGCAGCUCAGAGAGGAAGCCGACCCGGAACAGAAAACCAUCCUCUUCCUCUACGUCACGCAAGAGGGUUUCGGAAGCGAGCUGGAAGCUGUACGGGGCGACGAGGCGGGUUAUGAGGGCGACGUGACCCUAAAGGGCUCGUCUGAUGCUCUGGGAAUCUAUAAGCUGGUCGUCACAAGGGGCACCGGCAAGUAUCCCGAAAGCGACCAUGAGAUAUCCGAGACCCGGCCUACUGGGAAGGCCAUCGUGCAGUCCCUGAACCACCCGGAGGAGGUUCUCUGGCAAGCCAAACCGGUCAUCUUCAAGCAGUUGAAGGAUGGCGUCGACUUCCUCGUCGAGAACAACUUCGAUAACGACAACCCGCCCCCGCCGUGGCAAGUGUAUCAGCUUGCCAACUCGCCUGGGCACGGAAACGUCCAGAUCGUGGAGAAGAUUUUCGAGGGGGAUUUCGAGUUUGACAUCCUCUUCUCGAGCGCCUCGAGUGGCAAGGAUAUUACGAGCGAGGAUUUGACUAGAGAGAUCAAGGAGACGACUGAGUCGUUUGGUGACCGCUUUUCCAGCAUUUUCGAGCUUAAGGCCCCAUUUAAUGCCGAGAAGUACAAGAAAUUCGGGCGGAGCAUGUUCUCAAAUCUUAUUGGAGGAAUAGGGUAUUUCCACGGACAUUCAUUGGUCGACAGAUCAUAUGCCCCUGAGUAUGACGAGGAGAAUGAGGGCUUCUGGGAGGAGACCGCCGAGGCUCGCGCGCGGAGACAGGAGAAGCCCGAGGGACCGUACGAACUCUUCUCGUCCAUCCCCUCAAGGCCGUUCUUCCCGAGAGGGUUCCUGUGGGACGAGGGAUUCCACCUCCUCCCUGUUGCCGACUGGGACAUGGACCUGACUCUCGAGAUCGUGAAGAGUUGGUUCAACCUCAUGGAUGAUGACGGGUGGAUUGCCCGCGAGCAGAUCCUUGGCCCAGAGGCUCGAAGCAAAGUCCCUGAGGCGUUCCAGACACAGUAUCCCCAUUACGCCAACCCCCCCACUCUAUUCCUUGUCCUCGACUCUUUCAUUGAUAAGCUUCGCAAGUCGAAUGGAUCCUUGCCAGCUGGGAGGGAGCAUCUUUCGCAAGACGAGACCAUUUCAACGGCCUCGAUCGAUAACACCGAGAUCGGGGUCGAGUAUCUGCGCAGGCUGUAUCCGCUUCUGCGUCGCCAGUACAACUGGUUCAGGAAGACCCAAUACGGCGACAUCAAGUCCUACGACCGCGAUGCGUACUCCACAAAGGAGGCAUACCGCUGGCGAGGGCGGACGAUCCAGCACUGCCUGACAAGCGGUCUGGACGACUACCCGCGGCCCCAGCCUCCUCACCCGGGCGAGUUGCACGUCGACCUCAUGUCGUGGAUGGGCAUGAUGACCAAGUCGCUGAUCAAUAUCGCCGACGUUGUCGGCAUGCCCGAGGAGGGCGAGGAGCUGAAGAAGAUCCUGAACGCGAUCGAGCACAACCUCGACGACCUCCACUGGUCCGACGCGGACGGUUGCUACUGCGACGCCACCAUCGACGACUUUGAGGAGCACAAGCUCGUCUGCCACAAGGGGUACGUCUCGCUGAUGCCCUUCCUCACGGGCCUGAUCAAGCCGGACAGCCCGAAGCUGGGCAAGAUCCUGGCCCUCCUAGGCGACGAGGAGGAGCUAUUCAGCCCCCACGGCAUCCGUAGCCUAAGCAAGAAGGAUCCCCUCUCCGGCACCGAGGAGAACUACUGGCGCAGCCCCGUGUGGAUCAACAUGAACUACCUAGCCAUCGUGCAGCUCUACAACACCGCCACCCAGGACGGACCCCACCGGAAGACGGCCGCGGACCUGUACGCGCGCCUCCGCCGGAACAUCGUCGACACCGUCUACGAGAGCUGGGCUGAGACGGGCUUCGCGUGGGAGCAGUACAACCCGGACACGGGCCGGGGCCAGCGCACGCAGCACUUCACCGGCUGGACGAGCCUCGUCGUCAAGGUCAUGGCCAUGCCCGACCUGGCCGAGGGCCGUUCGCGGGACGAGCUGUAGGUGGGUGCACCAGUUGUUCUGUGGAGAGAUUGAGAAUGUGGGGGGGAGAUAUUAUGGGUAAAUGGCGCGUGGUUUGAGAUUCUAUCACCGAAAAAUAUGUAUGAUAGGUGGUUUUUGAAAAGGAGGACAAUCAAAACGAUCGUCUCGGGGUUUGAUCAUUUCGGGAUCCCCCUUUCUGCAUUGAACCAUGUGGCCUAUGAUGAAAUAACAAGAUCUACUUCGCGGUGCAGGUUACCACACGAGACUAAUGCGAGGAACGGCAGGCCUGACCAUCCACAGGGAUUCUAUGACGACGACAGGUCCAAGUAUUGCAAAGGGGUUAAUACGUACAUGCAAGAGUUUCUGACGGCGCAGGUGCAACCGCUUGCUCGCUAUGGCGUGCUUAUGAUGGACUACCCGGC